ACCGACCACGGUUGUUGCUGAACCUGGAUAUGCAAGUACACGGGUGAGGGAACCUCAACAUCACGCAUCCGCGCGCCCACGGCCGCCAGAAAGUCUGUUCGCAAAGCAGUCCAAUGCUUCAAAUGGGCUUCGAGCUCGCAUCCCAUCUUCAACAUACCUAUCUAUACACGUACCUUCCUCGUCUCCAAGCUCGCUCUCGCCAGAGUCGCCGUAGCCCUCCCUCCCCUCCUGCAUUCUCUACUUCUGCUGUUCGACCAGACUCAAGGGUCUUUUCAGUAUUCUUAGCCCUGCAUGGGCCGUAUAACCGUCCGCCGGGGGUAGACCUUGGAAACUACCCACGAGCUGUUCAUUCCCGCUCGCUGCCCUACAGCUCCAGCUUUCUGGCCCACCUCACCGUCCAGCACCUACCUACCUCCCCAGCUUUACCUCACCGUACCUUGCUCGCCUUACCUUAUACAGCACCCUUCCGACCUUUAUUCACCAGGCCCCCGUCCUCGCCAUCCGACCUUUCUUCCCCAUCAUCCUCAACCUCCUCCUCCCUAACCCCCCGCUCGGCGGACGAGACGAGAACGAAGACAUCCUUUCCCUUAGCACUAGGGAUCCAGAAGCCCGGUGCGUUGCCUAAGCGCAGCCACCACCCCACUUCCGCCUCGACGUAACCCACCAGGCGUCCACCUCCGACUCCUGCUGCUCUGCCACGGCGCGCACCUAAAGACGACCAAAACCACCCACCAACCUCUUCGCACUCCUAUCAAGCAGCACCAUUGCGGGCUCUGCUGCCGCAACAACAACAACAAUCCGCCACCCCGCCAAAUCACAAGACAGCCCAACGACUGCCCGCUACCUACUUGACUGCCGCCGCUCCUCCGCACGUCCUCUCCCCAGCCCAGUCCAGCCCA